AUGGCAUCAACUAUGGAAAAACAUCCGCAGCAGACCCUGAAGUCGGUCGAAGUGCAUUCCCGAAACGACGCUGAUGCCGCUCUGGAGAUGUUGCGAGGGCAUGGCUCGCAAACAGAAAUCCUUGAUCCAGAAAAGCACAGAAACCUUGUCCGGCGUAUUGAUCUGCACAUCAUGCCUUUGAUUUGCAUAGUUUAUUUUCUUCAGUAUCUUGACAAGAUCGCCAUUUCUUAUGCGAGUGUUACCGGCAUUAAAUUGUCUGCCCACCUGCAAGGCAAUGAGUUCAACUGGAUAGCGAGCAUAUUCUUCUUUGGGCAGCUCGCUUUCGAGUUUCCCACCAUCCGCCUGAUCCAACUGUUCCCCUUGGCUAAGUACGUCGCCGUCAAUGUUACCAUCUGGGGCGGCAUUCUGGCUUGUCUUGCGGCAUGCAAGUCUUUCGCGACUCUCAUGGUCUGUCGCGCCAUCCUCGGCAUGGCUGAAGCUGCAGUCGUGCCGGCCUGGGUUGUCUUUACAUCCCAAUGGUAUCGUAAGGAGGAGCAGGCUUUUCGCGUCGGCAUCUGGUUCUCUAUGUGCGGUUUCGCGCAACUCUUGGGCGGUUGUUUCUCCUAUGGAGUUGCUAACCACGUCGGGGGCGACGUAAACGCGGCUCUUCGAGGCUGGCAGGUCAUUUUCCUAUUCCUGGGCUUAUUGACCUCCGUAGUCGGCAUUAUUUUCUGGUUCGUGCUUCCGGAUUCACCUCUCUCAGCCAAGUUCCUAUCCGCCGAGGAGAAAGCGCUGCACGCAGAACGCAUGCGAGAGAAUGAACAAGGCAUCGGAAACCGCAUAUUCAAAUGGAACCAAUUCUGGGAAGCCGUUAGGGACCCCAACACCUGGCUUUACGCCUUUUGGAUCUUCGCUGCCAACAUCCCCAACUCGAUAGCAACAAGCUUCGGCAAUAUCCUUGUCACAGGAAUGGGCUACACCAGCAAGGAAAGCCUGCUACUUGUGACGCCCCUUGGUGCCUAUGAGAUUGUUGUGUUGAUCGGUCUCACAUACCUCGCGAGCAAGACCGGCCAACGCCUGUGGAUCUGCAUCGCAGGCCACAUACCCUCCAUCGUCGGUGCGAUCCUAAUGGCAACAACGAACAAAGUUCCCGCCCUUAUAGGAUUCUAUCUAAGUGGAGGCAUCCCCAUCGGCUGGACAACCAUCCUUGCAUUACAAAGCACAAAUGUGGCGGGAUCAACCAAGAAAAUAACCGUCACUUGCAUCGGAACCAUCGCAUAUACCGUUGGAAACAUUAUCUCGCCUCAGACUUUCCAGAGCAAAGAUGCUCCAAGGUACAUGCCUGCAAAAAUAUCUAUCUGCAUCCUUUACGUUUUGAUUACGAUCGAUCUGUACCUGAUUCGCCUGUUGGCGGUGAGGGAGAACAAGCGAAGAGAUCGGGAGAGAGAAGCAUUGGGAAAUAAUUAUGUGGUGGAGAAGAACCACGAAUUCUUGGACCUUACAGAUCGAGAGAACAAAGAGUUCAGGUAUGCGGUGUAA